UCAACGUUUCAAUGUACUAGUAUUAUCCAUUUAAAGGUUCGCUAUCUUAAAGAGGUACCGUAGUAUCAGACAUAUCAGCCAGUUCUAAACGCGAUCGGUACGUAUAUAUUAUGUGUUGACGGCCCUUCAUCAGUGCUACAUACUGAACUUAAUGCCUUGGCGGAGGCAUUAUGAUGAAUCUACCUAAAGCAAUUUUUGCUUAUUAAGCACCUCAAUGCUGGAUAGAUUAUGCUUGAACAAUCAUGUUUGCACUAUGUAUUCAUACACUUAAAAAGCAAUAUUCGCCAGAAAACAAGCUCUGAGCAGAUUAUAGAUAAAAUACAGAUGGAUUGGCAACUAGAAAAAACCAAUCACAUAGUUUUCUCGAGCACGCUAUAUUGCGCAUUAAUAUUUAGCGCGGUGCCUUUUAAAAGUGUGGGAACCUGGUAACACCUGUAUUCAUAUAAAGCCUUGAACUUUUUGAAUAAUCAACAAUAUAACCAAAAUGGCUCACAUCAUUCUCUACGACGUGGAAUUGACAACUCCAAAUGAGAUUUGGUCGCCUAAUACUUGCAAAACCCGUUAUGCUUUGAACUACAAGGGCAUUCCAUACAAGACUGUAUGGUUGAAGUUCCCUGAAAUCGGAGAAGAGAUUCCAAAGAUAACUAAGAGCAAGGAGCGCCCCACCGUACCUGUUAUUGUCGAUGUGCUCCAUGGAAACAAAGUCGUCCAGGAAUCUUGGGAGAUCGCCAAGUAUCUUGAGGAAGCGUAUCCAGACACACCUAGCCUUUUCCAUGGCAACAUUGGCGCCCAUUUCUUCAUGCAUGAAUACUGCACCCGACGUCUUUUGCCGAAGAUUUUCAAGCUGAAUGUCUUGACUGUGAUGAAGAAGGCAGGAGAGCAUGGUGCCUGGUUCAGACAAACACGCGAGAAAAUCUUCAAGAUGCCUCUGGAGAAGUUCGUGGGUGAUGAGAGCCAGCAUGCAAAGGCCAUCACCGAGAAUUUGGAUGCCCUCGGUAGAGUGCUGAAGACUUAUCCUUACCUGACCGGUCAACAAGUUGGCUGGGCCGACAUUUGUCUCGCGUCGUAUAUCACGUUCCUCCGCGUGAUGCGCCCUGAUCAAUAUGAUGCUCUCGUUUUGAACGACUCCAAGGCUGGCAAGCAGUUUGCUGAAUGGCUCAAGCGAAUGGAUAAAUACAUGCAGCUCGCUCCUCCUGCGCCCUCGGCUCGCAUCUAAUAAUGUGCAUACAUGGCGGCGAUACUUUUUAAAUACCUCUAAAUUGUUAUUGAUAAUUAAUAUUCAUUUGUAUACUUGCUAAAAAGAAUCGUUCUUGCCCUGCAUAUAACGGAUCAGAAGGACGGACGCUGACAUUUUUGUCUUUAGCAUUGUACAUAUCAAAGAGACGGCGAUCUGUAUUAUUUCGAUGAAAUAUACAGGUACCCUCCUCCCGCUAUUUUGACAAGUCAGGAAUCACGAUAAGCGAA